CCGUGUCCCCCACGUGACCGCAUAUUCCCUCUGAUUCCUUCGUACCUUCCUACCCAGGGUGGUGUAAAAGCAAGCAAAUCGAAAUCGUAUGUGACCGUGUAUCACAAAAAAGCCAUGGCUUUCUGACAGACAGCCUUGGCUUUUUGACCGUUGACCUUCGAGGCUGCAAAUCUGGCUGCAAAUGCACGACAUGCCUGAACUUGGAAGGACAUGUGGGCACAAACAGUGCAAGCUGAUAAGACUUCCUGCCACCGAGAUUGCAAUUGCGACGGAUGUAAUUGCAAUGGCCAAUGGGGCCACCGACAGCGACAGUAACAGCGACAAUGUUGCCUGCAUUGGGACCGGGGGGGACGGCAAAAAACCGAACGAAACAAGGGAGAUGGUAGCAAAGAGGGUUCUGUUGGGGGGGUGGCUCUGGUGCGAGGGGAAGGGUGGCGUAUGCGAACAUGGGGGAUGGUUCCACCGACUCUGCUGUAUGAGCGCUGUUAUCGAGAACCCUUGCUGGUGGUGUGAGGACUGUCGCCCCACCCGAUAUCACCGAAGAAGGAUUUGGAAGGAAUUAGAGGGAGCGAUUGCUGCAGCGAAGGCAGCGAAGGGGGGCAAUGCAGAGAAUGCAAAAGGCCGAAAAGUGAUUCUCCACAUCAUUGGAUUGUCGCCAGCGUGUUGUGGAACUCGUUACUUUUAUUCCCCUUCACACACACACCACUCGCUUUAUAGACAUUCGAUCGGACGGUCUGCACACAACCACACCAGCUAUUCUAUCCCGAGAAGGAAAAAGGGGACUGCAGAUCGAAUUCAGUUGCCGUCGAAGUCGCAGUCGCCAUUGCUCCGCAUCCUGAUCUCAUUGAACGCUCCGCUCUCAACUUCCGCGAUCGCUUGAGUCCAGCGAGGAAUAGUCGCCGGACUCGUGAUUCGCUUUUCAAGUCACCUUCACGAUUGCUUGAGGUGUAGCCUGGAUAUGGGCACUCGCAUUCGUUCUUUCGACUUCCCGAUCGCUUGAGGUGUAGCCUGGAUAUGGGCACUCGCAUUCGUUCUCUUGA